UAAUGUAGAGAGUUUGAGUUAGAGACGUAUUAAGAUAGGGAAAUAAGAGCGUAUAAGAGAGUCGUCUCUUGUGUUGUAAGUAACUUAAGAGUUAACAUGGCGAGGCCUCUUCUACUCUCCUCCUCCUUCCUCACCCUAUCCAUGCCCCUCACUGUUUUCUGCGUUGCUCUUGCUGUCUUGAGCGUAUUUUCUGUCAUCACUUUUCUCUGUGGUUCUGACAAACUCAACAAGUUCCACAAACAAACCCAGAAAGCAGCAACGAGAUCCAAGGAGCAGAAGAUGAUUUCGAAGCUGAACAGCAACCUCGGCCACAGGGCACUCUCCAUGGCCAAGAUGCUGUCGUGGAGGAAAGUGCAGGCAGAGGGAGAAGAAGCAGACAAAGAUGAUGAAGAAGAAGAUGAUGAUGAAGAAGCCCUUUGGAGGAAGAACAUCUUGAUGGGAGAAAAGUGUCGUCCUCUUAACUUCUCUGAACCCAAAAGCUAACACUUCUUUAUUUCUCUCAUGUAUUUUCUUACAACUUGUCUUUCUCUUCCUUCAUUCCCAGCUUAGAAUCUGGUUGCAGGCAUGUUUUAGGUGUUUUUGAGAACGUUUUAUUAAAAAUAAACAGUAUUUUUCUAUAAUAAUAAAAAAAAAAAAAAAAAACUCAAAAAUGAUCCUAAACUUGUAUCCAAAUAGAUUCUUAGUUAGCUACUAAUUUCUCAGGUUUUGCAGAGUUUGCUAUUGUAAUAUAUAGUAAUAAACUUAGCAAUCUUUGUUUUUUUUUGGGUACUCGUGUGUGGCUUUGCGGGGUUAGACACAGUUUAUAAACUUUAUCAUGAAACA